UAGGCAGCCAAUAACUAAAUUAAAAUUUUCAGUUUGUGCAAUAUUGGACAGGUUAAAAGUUUAUGUAGAAUUAAUUUAGACAAUUAACAUGAAAUUACAUGUCACAAUUUGCUGAUGAUUUAUAAAUAUUUUUUAUAAUUCAUAUUUUACUUAUUGUGUUUUCUGUUUUGUUUUUUUAUAAUGUUCCAACAUUUUAAAAAACAUUUAUAUCUGUUAAUAAAAAAAAUUAUUUUUUAAAAAAUGUUCUUUAUUUGUAUUGUCUGUGUUUUUAAAUGCUGUCAGUUAUUGUCAUGUACAUACAUGGUCCAAUUUUUUUUUCUUUUUCCGUUCACUUAAGCACUAGGUGCUUAAAAAUCAUACUAAACAAGAUUGCAACUUAGACAGCUACAACCGCUCUAAACUGCAAUAUUCAUACUAUGUGUAGUACAGAGGCUUAACGGGUUUAAAACUCUUUUCGUGUAAACAAACUAACAAACACUCUAGGACUUAGCUUUCAACUUAGGCAUUUAAUUGCAUAGUUUAUUUACAUAUUAGUUCAUAUGGUUUCUUUUAAUAAUAUCUAACUGUUAGUCCUCUUGAGUGUAUAUACAAGCCAGGUCAACAGAACUGGGAAAUUAAUAAGUAAAAAAAUAUAUGUUUAGGACAUGUACGUCACAGUUUUUGAAUAUGCAAAGCUUUAUUCGCUACAAGUCAUAAGACCUGAAAUUUUCUUGUUUUUAUAACCCUUGGCCAAAAUUGUUGCGAUUUAAUGUAAUUUUGUUUUCCUACUAUUGAAGAAUUAUUUGGGCAAAUUUGUAGGGUUUAGGCCUAUAAUAAUAAUAAAAAAAUUGAGAAUGCUUUUUGGAAAAUCAUGUUAAAAUAAGAAGCAGAAUGAAAUAAUUUGUAUCAAUGAAUAAAAAAUAAAUUCUUUUGUUCUCUUUCUUCCAGGUUUUUUGAAAUUUGAGAAAGAAUAAUAUGACAGUUUUUUUCUUUUUCCCUCUUCUCCCCUCAUUUUUUUAAGGAAUGAUAUUCCAUAUUAUUUGCCUAAAAAUUUAACCUGAUGUAACUUUGUUUUCAAUGUAUGGUUUGUUGUUAACUUUUAUGAAAAUCAGUGCAUUUUCUAAUGAUUUUUUAGUGAAAAUAUGGACAGACCUGUAAUAGAUUUUAAUACAAUAAGCAUACAAGAACUUGAACAACUGCCAGGAAUUGGAAAAGCAAAAGCAGCUAUCAUCGUAGAGCACCGCAAACUUUAUUCGAAAUAUAACUCUAUUAAUGACCUCAUAGCCGUGGAAGGAAUCACGAAAACUCUGAUAACAAAAUUACAAGAUGAAUAUACUAUCGAAUUUGGCAAUAAUGAAAAUGCAGAUCCUGUUCGUCGCAAAAGCGUUUAUUUAAAAAGGCAAUUUAGAAGGAGUACAUCACAAACAUGUUCGUGUUCAGAUGACGAAUCUCCCACACCGGAGAAAAAGCUAAAAAACUCUGAUAUUGUAUCGCCCUGUAGCAGUAUAGGAAGUUCAAUUUCUCAUGUCUUACCUUCAUGUGCCAGUCCUGGGUACGCUGUACGCAAGAGACUUCAUUCUGAAGCUUCAAGCCCGCCAGCUCGCUUGCAGCCAUGGCUUGAUCAGUUUCAGGAUUGGGGUCGUGAAGAAAGACUUAUUGCUUUAAAUGAUCUUAUAGGUCUGUGUGACAUGUCUGUAGUAAGGCAUAUGAUGGCAAAAAUUGAGCCACACUUUCAAAGGGACUUUAUAUCUUUGUUGCCUAAAGAAUUAGCUUUGUAUGUCCUGUCAUUUUUGGAGCCCAAGGAUUUGUGUUUCGCUGCUAAGACAUGUCGCUACUGGAGAAUAUUAGCUGAAGAUAAUUUGUUGUGGAAGGAAAAAUGUGAUGAAUAUGACAUGUUUUGUUCAAUCAGUGACAGUCUAAAAAAUUUAAAUUCAACUUCUACCAAAAAAAACAAAGAAAUACCUUACAAGCAGUCAUUUCUUUACUGUCACAAGCUAGAAAUGAACUGGCGUUGUCAGCCAUUAAGGUCGGCAAAAUACUUAAAGGGACAUGAUGACCACGUUGUGACAUGCCUGCAGUUUGACGGUGUCAAAAUUGUUAGUGCUUCUGAUGACAAUACGCUUAAAGUUUGGUCAGCUGUGACUGGAAAUCUUAUUAGAACACUGGUUGGCCACACAGGUGGUGUUUGGUCUUCUCAACUGAUGGACAACAUAGUUGUUAGCGGUUCCACUGACAGAACUCUGCGUGUUUGGAAUGCAGAUUCUGGCGAGUGUAUACAUGUAUUACAAGGCCACACUUCCACUGUUCGUUGUUUGGCAAUGCAUGGAAACUCUGUUGUUAGUGGUUCAAGAGAUGGAACACUCCGUGUGUGGGACGUUAUAGAAGGCAAAUGUUUGCAUGUGUUAAUUGGUCAUGCUGCAGCUGUCAGAUGUGUUCAGUUUGAUGGAAAGCAUGUAGUCAGCGGUGCAUAUGACUAUUUGGUAAAAGUAUGGGAUGUAGAAUCUGAGACAUGUCUUCAUACAUUAUCUGGACAUUCUAAUCGAGUUUAUUCAUUACAGUUUGAUGGGAAAUACAUUGUAUCAGGCUCAUUGGACACAUCAAUUCGUGUAUGGGAUGCAAAAAAUGGUCAAUUGCUACACACUUUACUUGGUCAUCAGUCAUUGACAAGUGGAAUGGUUUUAAAAAAUAACUAUUUAGUCUCAGGAAAUGCUGACUCGACAGUGAAAAUUUGGAACAUAGUUACAGGGAAAUGUUUGCAUACCCUGUCAGGACCUAACAAACACCAAAGUGCUGUCACUUCCUUGCAAUUUAACUCUAAAUUUGUUGUGACUAGUUCGGAUGAUGGCUCUGUGAAACUGUGGGAUAUGAAAACUGGUGAAUUCAUUAGGGAUUUAGUAGAAUUAGACAGCGGUGGUAGCGGAGGUGUUGUGUGGAGGGUGAAAUGUAAUGAGAGAAAACUUGUCUGUGCCGUUGGAAGUAGGAAUGGGACUGAAGAAACAAAACUACUUGUGUUAGAUUUUGAUGUUUAUAAAUAAUUGUUUGUUUGAAGCAGUAACUUGGUUUCAAGUUUAUAUUUCUUCUUUUAAAAAAGAAAAAAAAAACUUUUUUGUAAGGGCUGUAUGUGUAUAUUUAUAUUUGCGGUUCUGAAGUGUUUUAGUUAACUUAUUAAAUUUAGAUAUGAUUUUUUGUCUCACCAAUUUCAAUAUCAUAAGGCCAAUAAAAGUUCAAUCACUGGUUAAUGUGUUAAAACACACCUAUCUUACCUACCAGCUUCCCACACAACAACUUCUUUUUUAUUUGAAUUAACAUAUUUUUUUCCAGUCGUAUUCUGUAUAGAUUUACAUGACAAAAAAUAGUAUCACAUUUCCAACAACUAAGAAAUGAAAAAAGAACUUGAAUUUUAAAAAAAACGCUGACCAUACUUGACAAAAUAUACUUUUCAGGUGUGACCACACUAGCCUUAAAAAUUACUUUUCCUUGGCUGCACUUCUUAGUAUAGACACCACUUCAAAACAUGGUAAUGCUUAUAAUUCUGCUAAACAAUACAAAGCAAGCCAUGUAUUGAUCUGAUCUGCUCACUAAAGAACUUACUAACUAACAACCUAUGUGGCUGAUUAACCACAAGGUCUGGACUAAAAGACUACUUCUUUAUUUAUUUAUUUUCCACGUCUGGUUAGUUCAAACGUUUAAUUUGUUGUAUAUUAUUAAUUUCAAUUUUUUUUCACGUUAGUUUGACAUAAUACAAUGAAUAUGUAUAAAAAAUUUAGAAUUGUGAUAUUAUGUUGAUGAAUGCAAAAGAUAAUUUUUAUAUUUUUAUAUAUAUCAAUAUAUGCUGUUGCUUAAAUUAAAUGCCUCUAUAAUUAUGAGGACGACUAAUGCCGUUAUGGUAUUCCGUAUUGAUACCAUUUAUUUUGCUUAUUUGUCGUAGUCUAUUAUGAACUAAUUAAAGACAACCCAGUGUGUUACAAGAACCUAAAUCCUGUAGAACCCAAUUUUUAUUUAGCCUGCUUAUAUUCCCUAACAUUCCGAAUGUCAGAGUGUUUUUUCUUUAACCUGUUGUCAGUUUUUCUUGUUACUUAAACGUGUUAUCUAUUAUAUAUAUAUUAUGUUAUUCUUUUCAUUAAUAUUAUAAUUUGUAAAGUGUAUUUGCUGCGCUUAAUCUUUCUAUAUUGUGAAAGAAUUAGGAUAUAUACUUUCUUGGCAGCGUUACUGAACAGUUGUUGUUUUAACGUUACAUAUGUUAUGCUGUUUUGUCAUUCAAGGUUUCAAGAAAGAAAAAAGUCUUGUAUAUUAUAAUGGCUGUGCCACCAAAAAAGUGUAAAAAUUUA